AUGGGACUACAAUUGGCUAAGGAUUUUCAAUUCAAGGAUGUUCAGGUGUUUGUUGACUCUUUAUUACUAACCAAUCACUACAAUGGAUCUUAUGUAGUGAAAGGUAAAAAAUUAGCAUUAUACCUAGAGAUCCUCAAAAAAUUAGCUUUUGAUUUCGAAAACUUUAGCCUAACCCUAGUUCCCAGAGAGGAAAACAUAGAAGCAGAUGCAUUAGCCAAUUUAGGAUCCCCCCUUAGGAUCCCACCAGUGAUGGAGAUUCCUAUAACUCACAUAAUAACCCCAGCCAUAAAAACCCUCUUCGACAAGUCAGAAGCUCCCAAGCGUCCGAAAGGCAUAGCAAUUACUGAAGAUCCUGACCCUAGGAUCCUUCCUCGAAUAGAUCCUGACAAACAGGAUCCUCAAAGAAGUCUGCGAUCAUGGACCCAACCCAUUAUGGAAUAUCUCCAAAAUGGAACAAUCCCGACAGGAGAAAAAAGUGAAAGAGCAUUCAAGACGAGAGUCUCAAUAUUCGUGUUAAUCCAAGGUAAACUUUACAAAAAAUCUAUGACAGGUCCACACCUAAGAUGUUUGGAAGAUCCUGAAGCUGCAAAAGUCUUAAAGGAUAUACACGAAGGAGAUUGUGGCAAUCACACCGGGGGCAGAUCCUUAUGCUCCAAAAUACUAAGAACAGGAUACUACUAG